UGGGCAACUGGACAACUUUGCCUCUGCACAAGUUUUGAUAAAUCUCCCCAUAUGUCCACAGACAUCCCCAUAUAAGCUAUGAUGUCCUUCUAGUAUGAUGGGUUAUCAAUUAAUGGGUUGCUAUGACAUUUUCUCAGAUUCUCAUUACAGUCCAUAUAUGCAUAUAUAAUGAUGCCAAAUGAAUGACUAAACUUCCAAAAUCUACAAAAAUGCUGCAAAUAUUUGCAAGGAAAAUGAUUCAUAUAUGACUUAGUCACAACUGGAUCCGUGUAAUAUUUAUUUUCCUGGGAAGGAAAAAAAAAAGUUGCACUUGGCCAGAAGUCCUGUAACUCCUUUAGUGAUUUCGGCAGUGGCUAAGUCUUUCUGGAGGGUGUAGCAUUUGUCUCAGGUUGAUACUCUGCUCCCCUCCCACAGAAUUCCAGGCUGUAUAUAAACUCUGUUCAGCUCUAUAACACUUGGCAGUUCUCCCUUUUCAUUUACAGGGAGCAUUUGGGGGACUAAACAAUGAAGAUUAUAUUUUUAUCCAUCUUUGCCAUUUUUGUACUGUCUGCAUUUGACCGUGCAGACAGUAAUGGCUACUAUGACAAGAUCCUGUCACACAGUCGCAUAAGGGCCAAAAAACAGGGUCCAAAUGUCUGUGCUCUGCAACAAGUCAUGGGAACGAAAAAGAAGUAUUUCAGUACCUGCAAAAACUGGCACCAGGGCGCCAUCUGCGGCAAAAAAGCCACUGUCCUCUAUGAAUGCUGCCCUGGCUACAUGAAAAUGAAUGGUCAACAAGGAUGCCCUGCAGUUGCUCCUAUUGACAAUGUGUAUGGAACUCUUGGGAUUGUGGGAGCCACAUCAACACAAUCAUACUCUGAUCAGUCAGACCUGAGGAAGGAGAUUGAAGGAGUUGGCUCCUAUACAUUUUUUGCACCCAGUAAUGAUGCAUGGGACUUGCUGGAUCCUGAGAUCCGGGCAUCGCUCCUCAGCAAUGUGAAUAUUGAAUUGCUUAAUGCCUUACAUUACCACAUGCUUGAUAAGAGAAUGCUGACCAAGGAUCUUAAGAAUGGAAUGACUCUAACUUCCAUGUUCAAUGAUCAGCCUCUUCUGAUCCACCACUACACUAAUGGGAUUGUUACUGUAAACUGUGCAAGAGUUAUCCAUGGUAACCAGAUUGCCACCAAUGGUGUUGUCCAUGUGAUUGAUCGUGUUGUGACAGCUGUGGGAAACACCAUCGAGGACUUUGUUGACUCUGAAGAUGAUUUGUCAUCUUUCAGAACAGCUGCUAUUGCUUCAGAGGUGAUGGAAAAACUUGGAAAAGCUGGACAUUACACCCUGUUUGCUCCAACUGAUGAUGCUUUUAAUAAACUUCCCAAAGAUGUUCUAGAAAGGAUUAUGUCUGACAAAAAGGCAGCUGAAGCUCUGGUUAACUUCCACAUCUUGGACACUGCCCAGUGUUCUGAGGCCAUAAUGGGUGGAGCAGUCUUUGAUACCCUGGAAGGAAGUCCUCUUCAGGUUGGAUGUGAUGGCGACAGCUUGACCAUUAAUGGCAAGAAGCUUGUAAACAGGAAGGAUAUUGUCACAACCAAUGGUGUCAUUCACCUGAUUGAUGCGGUUCUUAUCCCUGACUCUGCAAAGCAAGUUAUGGAACUUGCAGGAAGCCAACAGACCACUUUUACCGAUCUCAUGGCACAAAUGGGAUUGGCAGCCUCCAUGAGACCUGAGGCAGAAUAUACUCUUCUGGCUCCUUUGAAUGAUGCUUUCUCUGAUGAAACACUGAGAAUGGAUCAACGUCUUCUGAAGCUGAUUCUGCAGAACCAUGUUAUUAAGCAGAAGUUUCUCCUUAAUGGUCUCUACAAUGGUCAAACACUUGAAACCCUCAGUGGAAAGACUCUCAGAGUGUUUGUAUACCGCACUGCUGUCUGCAUUGAAAAUUCCUGCAUGCUUCGUGGAAGCAAAGAGGGUAGAAAUGGCGCCAUUCACACAUUCAGGGAGAUAAUCAAACCUGCCGAGAAAUCCUUCUUUGAUAUCCUCAGCCUUGAUAACCGUUUCAGCAUUUUCCUAGACCUGAUCCAGUAUGCUGACCUGAAGCAACUUCUGACAGAGCCUGGAGCAUGGACUCUCUUUGUUCCUACCAAUGAUGCAUUCAAGGGUCUCAGCAGUGAAGAAAUUGAGCUGCUAAAAAGAGACAAAUUGGCUCUUCAGAACAUCCUUCUUUACCAUCUGGCCCCAGGAAUAUUUAUUGGUGGUGGAUUUGAGUCUGGUGUAACCAACAUUGUGAAGUCCCUACAAGGAAGCAAUGUUAUGAUUAAACUGGUUAAUGAUACUGUUUCUGUGAACGAUGUCUUCGCUAAGGAAAAAGAUUCAAUGGCAACCAAUGGUGUGUUUCAUGUUGUAGACAAACUGCUGUUCCCUGCAGAUGUGCCUGUUGGCAAUGAACAACUCCUAGGACUUCUCAACAAGAUCAUAAAAUAUUUUACAAUUAAGUUCGUCCGCGGAAGCACAUUCAAGGAAAUCCCUCUCACCAAAUACUUCACAAAAGUUACAACUAAAAUCAUCAAGGAGCCAGUGACAACUAUCACCAAAGUAAUUGGUGGUGGAACUGAGACAAUUCGCAAAGUCAUUCCAGGUGUGACUGAGGAGCAAGACGCCGUAUGGGACACAGAUUCAGAAACAUCCAUCACUAGAGUGACUAAAGUUAUUGAAGGACAACCAGAGGUCAGAGUAAUUCCAGGAGGUGAAACCCGGAUAACUAGAGUUAUCCAAGGAGAGCCCUCUAUUACCAAAGUCACUAGAGUUGUAGAAGGCAACCCCGAAUUCAGUCUGAUUAAAGAAGGAGAGACAAGACUAACCAAAGUCAUUCAAGGUCCUGAAAUUAAAUUCACUCGUGUUUCUACCGGUCUUGGAUCUGACUUUGACGAUGCUGAACUUACAAGGCGGUUAGAAGAAGAGGUCACCAGGGUAUCCAAGUUCAUUGAAGGUGAUUCACAAAUACUGGAUGAUGACGAGCUGAAAAGGCUUCUCCAGGGAGAGCCCCAGGUCAGAAGAAUACAGUCUGGCGUCAGAAGAGUACAAGGCUAAUUUGCACUCGCUUGAAAUUGCUGCAGUAAGGUCAACCAAUCAGAAGAAAGCUAAGAAGAAGUCAUAAAUCCUAAAUCUGUCACCAGUAACUGUUAAUUAAAAAAAAAAUAAUUACUGAGGAUCUACUCUGAGAAAGUGAUAAGAUAUAUGCUACGUUGAAAUAGGAGUCAUCUGGACUAUCGUACCUCUUGCACAAAUUGUCUUCCUGCAAACAAAUACAUUCUUUUUGUUUUAAGUCUUCUUAAGAGGGUAAUUUGUACAAAGUUAAGAAAAAAACAAAAAAAAAAACGCUGAAUGUAUUAAAGAAAAGGAUUGUUUAUAUUACGUUGCCCUCUCUUAUAUACAAUAAGUUGGGAUGUGCUUUAUAGUAAAGAACAGUUCUAUACCACUUCCUCAAUAGAGAACCACCAAAUCUUAGAGGAACUUUGAAUUGUUUGUGUUUCGGACACUUUAAAUAAAUUGGAUAAAUUGGUGCUUUUAUUUUUUCCUUUCCUUUCAUUUUUUAUUUUUUAUUUUUUUUUAUCAGAACAUUGUUUAUUUUUUCAUCAAAACCUGCCCAGCUAGUCUUUGGUACUAACUCCUUUGGGUUUAUUUGUAAAUUAUGCCAUUUUUAUAACUCUGGUUUUGUAUGCUGAAAAUGAUAGAGUCAUUUGCUUCUGUGUUUAUUUUUAAUCAGAUGUUGCAAUGCAACUACGUCUGCUAGGGAAGAAGUGUUUACCUUACAUUCCUGUGCCUUUUCUUUCAAGCAAAACUGAAUUAAAUUAAAUAUGGUUUUAGAAUGUGAAAGACAAAUAUACGUACGUCAGGGAAGUGCGACAUCACAGCUGA